AUGCUCUCUGAAACAAGGACCAACACUGUUGUACCCCACGGCGAGCACCCGGCGCACGACCCCAAAGAGACCGAGGGCUCCUGGACACGGUUGCCACCGCCGCCCGCUUCCGGCCUGCAGGUCACUCGCGCUUCUUGGCCACGAGGCGAGUACGGUAGGGACCCCUCCAGCGCGCGCUCCUCCCCGGGCCUUUGCAACCGGCGUUUGGUGGAACAUGGGGUGGCUCUGGGGCCGGUCGCCUGUGGGGACCGCGCACCGGGGCGAGAGGUGGUCACUAGAAGGGCAGCCCCAGGAACAUCGGUCUGCCUGCAGUCAGCUAAUCUCCCCGAACCUUGUUCACUACAUCAGGAGAUCGUAAAGCAAAAGGGUAAAUCAACAGUUCCUCUAAGACAUUUUGCCCAAAAGGAUUCUCCUUUCUUGCCUGCGACUUUGACAAGGACGGCAAGGGUGAACACUCCAACUGUCACUUUUCAGAAGAAAGCCAGUUUAUCCUGCAGCCUCCAGCUUCCUGGACAGAUGAUUCCUUUUGUCUUUAAGGACUUUCAGAGUAGGGAAGGGAGGGAUUUCCUGGCCCCUCUAAGCCACCCAGUCCAGUGUAUAAUUUCAUAUCAUCCUACGAGCCACAAGACAGAUACACUUCCUCCUCUUUUGUCCUCGGAGAAGGUGAGCCACAGGUUUGGGGCAGCUGUGUUAAGGGCAUUUAGACAAAACAAAAUUGUUUUGUUCUCCAGUUUUCCCUUCACCAGGCCAGUUACCGAGACUCUGUCAAUGUAUACACUGCACCAACACUGCCUGACACUCCGUAACAUCAGUGUCUGCUCCCUAUUCCUGUAUUGGGUUAUUUCCCAACUAAUCAGCAGCCAAUAUAUUCUAAGUUUUGUGAGACUUGCAAUCAUUUAAGAAGGGAGCUUAUAUGACUAGCACACAGGAAGCAGCUGCAAGGAAUAGGGACACUUAAAUUAUGCAGCACAGACUCUGUAAUCACUGAAAGAAUCAGAGUUCUGUAAAAUAGUACUGGGUGGGGAAAAUAUGGGUGAGAGAAGAGAGGAACAAUGUGAACCAAAGUUAGGUAUUGCAUGACAGGAGAAUUUGUUCAUUUAACGAACAUCUACCAAGUGCUGGGCACUGAGCGAGACCCAGGUCACACAGAGAUGAAGAAAGCUUGGUCUCCAUCUUGGAAAAGCUGACAGGAACCCCAUCAGGCAGGUCUAAGAUUUCGUUGAGACUCUGGCAGAUGCCCCUUUCACCACUCAUGUGCUGUAUUGUGAUUCUAGGUAUCUUUGUCUAAUUUCUUUGCCUCUUUCUUCCCUGUCCCCAAACUGCAAGGUUCUUAAAGACAUAGACUGUGUUUUAUGCAAAGUACCUCCUCCACACUGGUGUGUUAAAGCUCCCUGAGCUGAAACCAGAGCAGGAAGUUGGCUGUUCCCUCCAGCCAAGGGUGGUAGAUAUCCUUAACAGAGGAGACUUGGUUAUUAGCCCCACAAGAGGCUUGUUCACAGCCUGCAGAAUUCGCUAGGAGCUUCUGGUGGCAAUUGCAGACCCUAUCCACCUUUCCAGGCCCAGUUUCUGCUGAUUUUGUCAUCCUCCACCCUAAAGGACUCACUUGCUCACCUUUCCCUGCCUACACUGGUGUGAUUACAAUGAUUCUUCCUCUGGGACUCUUACUUCACCCUCGCCUGUAAAAAUGUUAUAUAUCUUUCAAUGGCACUUGUCCAUGAAGACUUUCAUGGCAUUUCCAAUGGUAUGUGCUUUCCUCAGCUUCUGGAGACCCAACACUUCAUUCGUACCUCUCUUAUGGUUUGGUUUGUAUCAAAGUCUUUGGAGAUCUGCCUGAUCCCAUUCCCCUGG